AUGGAGGGGGUUACUGGACAAACAGGAUUUAAUAAGAUUUUAGCUGCCCAUCCAAGGAAUAGUGGACAUCUUUCCCAGAAUCCAAAUGUGCACAAGAAGCAGAAGGAGGAGGAUAUUGCUAUAUGUGAAUGCAAAUAUGAUGCUGAUGACUCUGACAGUGCAUGUGGGGAUAGCUGCCUGAAUGUUUUAACCAGCACUGAAUGCACACCUGGUUAUUGCCCUUGUGGUAUCUUAUGUAAAAAUCAGAAAUUUCAGAAGUGUGAAUAUGCAAAAACAAAGUUGUUUAAAACUGAAGGCCGUGGAUGGGGUCUUUUGGCUGAUGAGGAUCUCAAGGCAGGACAAUUUGUCAUCGAAUACUGUGGAGAAGUAAUAUCAUGGAAAGAAGCCAAACGUAGAUCCCAGGCUUAUGAAAAUCAAGGUCUUAUAGAUUCAUUUAUCAUUUGCCUUAAUGCAUCUGAAUCUAUUGAUGCAACCAGGAAGGGAAGCCUUGCUAGAUUUAUAAAUCAUUCCUGUCAACCGAAUUGUGAGACAAGAAAAUGGAAUGUGUUGGGGGAAAUAAGAGUUGGAAUAUUUGCAAAACAUGAUAUUCCUAUUGGAACUGAAUUAGCUUAUGAUUAUAAUUUUGAAUGGUUUGGAGGUGCAAAGGUUCGUUGCCUUUGUGGUGCACUCAAAUGCUCAGGAUUCCUUGGAGCAAAAUCUCGUGGUUUUCAGGAGGACACUUAUCUAUGGGAAGAUGAUGAUGAUAGGUACUCUGUUGAGAAAAUUCCUGUAUAUGAUUCUGCAGAGGAUGAACCGGUGUCAAAUGUUAAUGGACGAACUGAAUCCUCUUUGGAUGUUAUGCUUAAAGCUGAGCAACUAUCGGAGUCGACUGGUUUCCAUGUUCAGUCCCUUGAUUCAGUUCAGAUGAAAGGUUUAGAUGCCAAGAAGAUUAAAACUGAUGUAGCAGAUGAGGAUAUGCACUUGUACACACACGAAGCUGAGCAGACCCUUUCACAAAAGAAUGCAAUGAUAUCACGAAUCCGAAGUAAUGCUACUGGCAGAAACUAUCACAUUGGACCUAGGUCCAUGUCUACCAAAAGAUCAAGGGCAUAUAAUGGCGGAAGGUUUAAAAAUCUCGUAGAGAAGAAAGUUGAUGCAAAGUUUGCUGCUGGCCUCCUAGCAUCCAAGGAAGCACAAGAGGAGAUUUUAAAUUUGGACUUAAUCUUAGCAUAUGGUGCCGUUUGUAUUUCCUUGUCUAGUUUUGUGUUCAUCUCUGAUUUAAAUGCAUCCUCCAUGCAGAAAAGAAAGGAUGAUGUUACAUCUACUCUUGAUUCCUUAUACGAUGAAAUACGGCCUGCCAUUGAGGAACACGAGAGGGAUAGCCAAGACAGUGUAUCCACCUCUGUAGCAGAGAAGUGGAUACGGGCUUGCUGCCUAAAAUUAAAGGCUGAGUUUGAUCUUUACUCGUCAAUUGUCAGAAAUGUCGCUUGCACUGCGCAAAGGGCACCUGGGCAAGCAAAACCUACCGAUGUAGACAACGAAAACGAAAUUAAGUUAUUGACAGGUUGA